GGUACCAAUGAGGAGCUCUGAGCUCUGCCAUACAUGGUUGUCGGAAAAAGAACAGUAGAAAGUGUAAAACCCAUGAAAGUCGAAGAAUGAAUGGGACGGCUUACUCCAACUUUGACAAUCAAGAACAUGUCUUGAAAUUGGGAGAGACGUUUGAGAAACACCCCAAAAGUGCCUACCACACAGUGCGAUAUGACUUCAAACCAGCCUCAAUCGACACAACAUGUGAAGGGGAACUUGAAGUGGGAAAGGGAGAGCAAGUCACGAUUACUUUACCCAAUUUAGAGGGAUCCAGUGCUCCCGUAACAGUCUUCAAGGGUUCCAAGAGGCCGUAUAUGAAAGAGUGCAUCCUGAUUGUGAACCAUGACACUGGAGAAUACAGACUGGAAAAACUCAACAGCAAUAUAGCUGUGAAGAAGACCAGAGCUGAAGGCAGCAGCAAGAUCCACUCUCGCCUGGAGCAACAGACAAGUCGUCUGAGCCAGCAAAUGAGGAGCAACAACCACAGUAGCAGCAGCAGCAGUAACAAGACCUCAGCCAGUUCCAAGAGUUCUCCUCCCAAAGAGAAGACAUCCCCAGCUUCCCCCAUGGAUGACAUUGAGAGAGAACUAAUGGCAGAGGCACAGGUCAUGGAUCAGCUGAGCAGCAGCAACAGCUCCUCAGACUCAAACAGCUCCUCGUCCUCCAGCAGCGAUGACAGCUCCAGCAGCGAUUCAGAGGAGGAACGCGCACCAGCGCCACCCUCGGCUCCAGCCAACCACAGCAUGCCAAUCAUCAACACCACCAUCCACCGCCAGGAGAGUGGGGGCCACCGCCAGGAGAGUGGGGGCCACCGCCAAGAGAGUGGGGGCCACCGCCAGGAGAGUGGAGGACUCAUGAACACACUCAAGAAUGACCUUCAGCUGAGCGAAUCCGGUAGUGAAAGUGACUGAACGGGAGCACGUCCGCCUACCUGUGGACUUCAGGAACCAGGCGCUGGCCUGUCAGUCCUACAGACCUACUUGCUUUAAAAUCUGUGCCUGUCUUUUCUACAUAUCCACAAUUCUGCUUACAAAUAUUGUAUAAUUUGUUGCUUCUCUGCCAGAAUUUCACGUUUUAUUUAUUGCUUACUGAUCUGUAUUUAGUGUGCGUGUGUGUGCAGAUUAUGUGUGAGAUUAAAGAGAUGCCUUAGUUUAGAGAGACGUGAUGUAAUCAGUGUAAGAGAAGCAGUAAACUAUGCAUAUCUAAUCUAAGACGAUGUGUGCAUAUCAGAGACAGAAUGAUACUCGUGUAGUGUAGAUGGAUGUUUCUUGCCUUUAAUCAUUUUGCCAUAAACCACCACUGGAGUUUCUGUAUUACAGUUGAGCAGGGUUAGAGACUUUUGUUUUGCCUGUAGACCAGAUGUUUAAUAGCUCAUCUUCUUUUCAAAGAGUCUCUGCUGCAUUAGCCUUUGAUUGAAGACAAACCUCUUAAUGGAAAUAUAACUUUCUAGUUAGGAUGAGUGACACUGAUCUGACACCGAUGUGUCUUCAGCUGUGAUCUUACUGAGUCACUUGUAACGCUGGAUUCACACGCACGCUUCGCGAAUAGAGCCCGAAUACCGCUCUUGGACGUUACCAAUGUUUAUAGUCGGGACAGUAUACUGUUCGAGCUAAAACAUUAAGUGCCGCAUGCAGUGCAAGCAAAGUGAAGCAAUGGACCCACUAUGCAGUUUGGCGACACUUGACGCUGAUCUAUUCAAAGUGAAUGGGAAGUGUUUCUGUUGAUGCCUCCACUGUGUAUGUCGGUGUGAAUCCAGUGUACAAACCUCCAUUGAUGAUAGAAGUGUGUUUAAGUCCUUGUUUAUGUAUCUAAGUAAAUAAGUGCGUCUGAUCCAUUCUUUCAUAGUGCACUAGUACUCAGUCGACUCAGUUAGGGUCAUGCUUUGUAGCUUUAAACCUGCAGUACUUGAAUCUAUUUAUAUUUCAAAAUAUACGCGACCAAUAGUGAAUUGCUUAAUAUAUUUGGUACAUAUUUUAAUAGCCAGUCAAUUGGUAGUGCAAGUUAGCGUGAAACUGUGAUGUGGAACAACUUGGAUGCUUUGAUACUGCACCUCAAUUUGAGUCUUACAGAACAUCAUGUGCCUUUUUUGUUAUUUUUGCCUUUGCCAGUUACGACACGUGUAGUCUUACUUUGUCACCGCUGAGCUGUGUCACGUCACAGGAAGCUGCACGUGCACAGUGUGUUGCAGUGUCUCUUUGGUGUGAGGUUUUUAUUAUUUGAGGAGCCAAUGAGGGGAAGGAGGUGGUCUAUGUGCAACAUUUGUUAACAACUCAAGAAUAAUUUCUUUGUAUGUAGAAGAAUAAAGAUUUUAACUGUU